AUGCUGGCAUCCAAUGACCCCUACCAUAAAAAGUACCCUUAUCUCUCUCUCACUUUCCCCUCUCUCCUUCAUUCCCUGUUUUCCUCUCUCCACCUCUCUCUUCCCCCUCUCCUCCCCCAGGUGGACACCCUGACCCUGGAGCUUGUGGCAGAGCGCAGCAUGGCCCAGAAGAGUGAAAAUGCGCGCCAGCAGCUGGAGAGGCAGAACAAGGACUUGAGGGCCAAGCUGGGCGAGCUGGAGGGUUCCGUGAAGAGCCAGUUCAAGGCCUCCAUCACCGCCCUGGAGGCCAAGAUACUGCAGCUGGAGGAGCAGCUGGAGCAGGAGGCUAAGCGAGCAGCGGCCAAUAAGCUUGUGAGAUGGACAGAGAAGAAGCUGAAGGAGGUGUGCAUGCAGGUGGAGGACGAGCGCCGCCAUUCCGACCAGUACAUGGAACAGAGUGAGAAGGCCAACUCUCGUAUGAAACAGCUGAAGAGGCAGCUUGAGGAGGAGUCCACACGUGCCAACGCCUACCGCAGGAAGCUGCAGAGGGAGCUGGACAAUGUCCCUGAGAGCAGCGAGGGUCUCAGCCGUGAGGUCAGCACACUCAAGAGCCGGCUCAGGCGUGGAGGCCCCAUCAGUUUCUCCUCCAGCCGCUCGGGCAGGCGUCAGCUGCAGGUGGAGGGAACAUCGCUCGACCUCCUAUCCGACGAUGAGGUGGAAAACAAAACCACGGACGCCAAUGCCAACGAGACGCCAGCAGCUCCCCAACCAGAGUAGACGUGCUCCCUACAGCCCAAACCUUACCCCUGUCCUCCUAACCCCAGACACCAGCAGUGGACCCCACUACUCUGCCUUACCCAUCUAUGGCAAGCUGCAGGGCCAAGCAAAUCCAUCACCUCCUCCAUAUGAAUAUACCGCACAUCAAGCCUUGGAUUCAUUUUUAACAUCAAUUGCAAAUAAUAGUGCAUUUUUAUUGCAUAGGCGUCUGAGUGUGCAUAGGCACUCGAAAACAAAUAGCAGGAGUUUACCAUAAUUAUGUUAAGCUACUUCCCUGGAACAGCCAUUAGAAUCAAACAGCCCUCUAGCUAGAAUUAACCACUGUCAUUUCAGCUGGUUUACUGGCACACAGGUGGACGACUGCACACAAGUCGGUAAAAACAUGUGUCUUUCAUGAUUGUACAGUAUUGGACCAGGAUAUGUAAAACAAAGCACAGCAUAAGCGAGGGAAUUAUUUUUAAAUGGUAGCCUAAAUGACGAUCCCACCAAUUUAUUUUCAUCAAAACCACCACUGUCAUAGAGAUACUGCAAUCCACUUAGUUUAGUAUAAAAAUAACUAUGUGACUAACUCUUUGGUAGCAGGUUUGUAGUGAAUUAGAUUGUACCACGCCAUGUUGCCUCAGCAUUCCCCCUAUAUACAGUGCCUUGCGAAAUUAUUCGGCCCCCUUGAACUUUGCGACCUUUUGCCACAUUUCAGGCUUCAAACAU